AUGGUCGCGACGCAAAAGCUGUACCCUCGAGGUACCAUGAAGCGCAUCGUCAAGGCACACGCUGGUCGCAGCAUUAGCAAAAAUGCAGACGUUCUGAUUUUUCUCGACUACAUGCUGUUCAUGCAAGAACUCAUGCGCGAGGCAUCAAUUCGAUCCCGAAAAGCUGGCGAAAAGGGUAUCUCAGCAAAGAACAUCCGCAGAGUUACAGAAUCUACUCUCCGGAAAAUGAAAGGAUAG